AUGGCGCCUAAGGAGGACGAUUUCGUAUUUACGAUCGAUGACGACGAUGUCGUCUCUGAUGAUGGCGGCGCUGAGGAUCUCCAUGAGGCAGCAAAGCUUGCUGGCAAGGGCAAGAAACGCAAAUACACAGAGGACCCUGACGUAUACACCAAACCGAAGGAGGUAGCGUCAAAGAAGGCAAAGAAGCAAAAGAAGAAAGGCAAGAAGGAGAAGGCGGUCUCGCCUGAGGUUGAAGAGGAAGAAGCCGAAAUGCCCAAGCCCGGUGAAGAUCUGGACGACAACGACGAUAUUGCCUCGGAUUUCGAGUUUGCGGUCGGCGACAUCGAUACCGGCGUUGUAGAAGACUUCGAUGGAUGGGGCUUGAGCGCAGAGAAGCAGGAGGCGGCGGCGAGGACCUCCACUGCCGUUGAUGUAGAUGAGAUCAUCGAGAGAAGGAGGAACAAGAAGAGCAACGCCAGCAAAAGGGCAAAAGAGGAGGCUGCUGAGUCUGAUGCCGAAGAGGGUGACUUUACAGGGUUUGGCGACGAUGACGAACUGUUGGCCGAUGAUGGGUUCGGCAUGGGCGCUGGCAGUGAGUCGGAGGAUGAAGAGGAGGAGGAGGAUAACGAGGCUUCAGAGGAUGAGGCUAGCGCUGCUGAAGAAGAUGAAAACGAGGACGCUGACCAAGAUUCUGACGCUGAGUCCGUAGCAUCCGACGUGGCGCAUCCAGACGACGCUGCACAAUCCGAAGACGAGGAUAUGAGCGACAAGGAAGAUGCCGAGGAAGCAAAGAAAGCAGCCGCUUUCUUCGCGCCAGAAGAAGAUGUGCCGGUCAAGAAGGGAAAGAAGGGCAGCAAGCUGACAGGAUCUUUCCAGUCUAUGUCGCUAUCUAGGCCGAUCCUGAGAGGUCUGGCGGCUGUAGGCUUCACUGAGCCAACACCGAUUCAGUUGAAGACCAUUCCAAUCGCUGUUGCUGGCAGAGAUCUUGUCGGAGGAGCAGAAACCGGUUCCGGUAAAACAGCUGCCUUCCUCAUUCCAAUCCUCGAGCGUCUCCUCUACCGACCAAAGAAGAUCCCAACAACGCGUGUUGCCAUUCUCAUGCCUACUCGUGAAUUGGCCGUCCAAUGUUUCAACGUCGCAACAAAGCUGGCCUCGUUUACCGACAUCACCUUUGCGCAAAUGGUCGGUGGUUUCUCAAUGCGCGACCAGGAAGCCGUUCUCAAAACAAGGCCGGAUGUAGUGAUUGCGACACCAGGUCGUUUCAUCGACCACAUGACAAAUUCGGCAUCUUUCCAGGUCGAGCAUCUCGAGAUUCUAGUCCUUGAUGAGGCUGAUCGCAUGCUCGAAGAGGGAUUCGAGAGCCAGUUGAACGAGAUUCUCACUACGAUUCCCAAGUCAAGACAGACGAUGCUGUUCUCCGCUACCAUGACCAGCUCAGUCGACAAGCUGGUGCGUGUUGGUAUGGACAAGCCUGUUCGUCUGAUGGUCGAUGCGAAGAAGCAGACAGUUGCAGGUCUGACACAGGAGUUCAUUCGUCUAAGAUUAGGCAAGGAAGAUAGGCGUCUGGCUUACCUCAUGUACCUUUGUGACAAAGUCUACACUGAGCGCGUCAUCAUCUUCUUCAGGCAGAAGAAGGAGGCUCAUAGGGUCCGCGUUGUGUUCGCACUCUGCGGAAAGAAGGCAAGCGAGCUCCAUGGUAAUAUGAGUCAAGAACAACGUAUCCAAGCUGUGGAAGCCUUCCGAUCAGGAACCUCGUCUUACCUGCUCGCCACCGAUGUUGCUUCUCGUGGUCUCGACAUCAAGAACGUCGCGACAGUCAUUAAUUACGAAGCGCCCCAAAGUCACGAAAUCUACGUUCAUCGUGUCGGUCGUACCGCUCGUGCUGGACGAAGUGGUCGCGCAUGUACACUUGCUGCAGAGCCUGAUCGCAAGGUCGUCAAGCAAGCAGUUAAGGCCAGUCGUGAGCAGGGCGCCAAAGUCGUCAGCCGACAAGUACCGGCUGAGGAGGCAGACAAGUGGAUCAAUAAAAUCAAGGACCUUGAAGAUGAGAUCGAGGAGGUGUUGAAGGAGGAGAAGGAGGAGCGCGUCCUCAGCAUCACAGAGCGUGACCUCAAGCGUGGUGAGAAUUUGAUCAUGCACGAAGACGAGAUCAAGUCAAGACCAAGACGCACAUGGUUCGAGACAGAGAAGGAGAAGGCUGCAGAGAGAGAAAAGGGCGCGGCUGCACUCAACAAGGCCGCGGGCGGCUCUGUCAAGAGCAAACCGAAGAAGCUCAGUCACAAAGACAAGAAGAAGCUGGAGGCUAAGGAUGAUCGCCAGGAAGGAAAGCAAUGGAAGAAGGGCAAGGCAGACCGAGGCAUGACUACAGCCAAGUCCAAGGAAAAGAAUGCGCACAUCAAGGCGAAGACCCAGAAGGCAGUCCACGGCAAGAGGAAGCUCUAA